AUGGUAAAGCCCUUCGAUUUUAAAGCAUGUUUUAAACUGUUUUUGAGAUGGUGGCAAGGUUUAAAUUGAUUUUAAAUUGAUUUUAUCAGCAUUUGAAUGUGAUUAAACUGAAAUGGAAAUUGUGAUGAUUUUCAUGAGAAUUUCCUUGUUUUUUCGAAAUUGAGCAUGAUUGGAAUGAAAAUGAGGAUUUUAUUGAUUUUCUGGAAAUGAGCAUGAUUGAGAAAUGAAAAUGAAAAUUUCAUUGUUUUUCUGGAGUUGAGCAUGCCUAUUUGAGAAUUGACUGAACUGCUUUGAUGAACUGAGAAUUUUGUAAAUGUUGAGUUUUCUGUUAAAUCCAUGCCCGCAUGGAAAUUUUCCGGUUUGUGUUGAAAUUCGGGAUUGAUUGUGAAAUUGGGGUUUUUCUGUAAAUCCUGCAUGGUUUUGUCUCGAAUUUAGUCAUGAUUACUGACGCCCGUUAGUGGGAGCUGUAAACGCUAGCACAUGUCGACAUGUAUUUUUGUAGAACCGGUUCACCCUGCCAAUGGGGUUAAACAUUGGGCAUUACUGACGCCUGCCAGUGGGAGUUGUAAACACUGGUACUAUUACUGACGCCUGCCAAUGGGAGUUUGUAAACAUUGGUACUUCUGAAACCCUACCAAUGGGGUUAAACAUUGGUAAUAUUACUGAUGCCUGCCAGUGGGAGUUUGUAAACACUGGUACUAUUACUGACGCUUGCUAGUGGGAGUGUGUUAAACACUGGCCAUGACUUAUGGAUGAGACUACUAAACUGAGUUUUAUUCUGCAUGAACGGUUUGUCAUGAAUGCUUUGCAAUUGAACUGAAUCUGAUUUUGUCACUGAGCGUUUCGGUUAUAUUAAACUGUUUAUCUAACAUGCUUAAAAGUUUUACCCAAGGGCUAUCCAUAUUUACUUACUGAGUUAUCUCAUAGUUUUCCUUGUCCACCAUUUCAGGAAGCGAAACCGAGGACGGGGAAACUGAGGGGAGUGACGAAUUAGAAGGCUAGCCAUUCAAUUGGGGUAUAAGUUUUAGAUUUUAUCAUCCUUUUGUAAGGUUGAUUUUAUUCAUGAGAUUUUGUGAUUUGGAUAAGUUCCGAGCCUUGUGCAUUCGUGGGAUCUGUUCACGGGUGCACGGCGUCUACCACGUUUUCAGAUUUGGGUUCUGGGACGUGACACAUAAUCACAAAUUAUUAUAUUGAAAGAGCUCACCCCAAUAUUUA